AUGGCUCGAUCAUCUGGACACGUUUCUUAUGUUGCUGCUACGGUUCCAAUGGCUAUAUUCAUGACGGUCUUGUGCUUAUUACUAGCAACCGACAUGACCCAUGCCUGGAGGCGCCCGGCCACCUACUAUCUCGGAGGCAAGGACGGUUGGGACCCGGUUAUUCCAAUGGACUCUUGGACAAGAGGCAAAACAUUUUACGCUGGUGAUAUCCUCGUAUUCAAAUACGAUGGUCAGGAAAGCAAUUUAUGGGUGGUAAACAGAACCGGUUAUGAAACGUGUACACCGAACGAUGGAGCGAAAGAGUACGAUUCCGGUAAUGAUAGAAUCCGACUUCCUUAUGGUAUGAGCUAUUACAUCGGGGUAUUCUAUCAGCCUGAUUGUUCCGCCGGUUUGAAGAUGGCCGUAAAAGCAUUAGCUCCAAAGUAA